AUGGGUAAUGGGUACACUGUCGCAAAGAAACUAAAGAAAGCGGACAUCGAUGGCGUGGAUGGUGAGGCGACGGUCGAGGCGCCACCGGAAGGCGGAUUAAGCGGCUGGGCUGUUUGUGGUGGCAGUGCUGUCAUCACUUCCGCUACAGCCGUCGUUCGCACUACAGUCCACGUGUCCGUCGACUCCAUCAACACCGCGUUCAACGUUACAAAGGCAGGGAACAAAACAACCGGAAACGUGACGACGCCAGCGCCUGUGCCAGCUACGACAGCCAGGAACAUUGACUACAACGGAUGUUUAAAUUACCUGUUGGCGAACUUUCCUGGAAGUGAUGACCCCGGCUUCAUUAACUGUGUAAAUCUUGGCGUCCCUACCUAUCACCCGUGCAUGGAGAAUUAUUUCCAAGGUGUCGACCCCGCAACUGUCCCACCGGUGAUGCAGGAAAUAUGUCAAUUUAAUCUCAACCAGCCACAGCCUCUGACCGCCGGAAACGUGUUCUCUGCAACCGUUACCACCGAUGAUGAAGUCGUGCUCCUUGGCGCAAUGCUAGCGGUUUUCCUCGGUUACCGGAUUACUUCCGUCAUUGGAUCUGUGCUGGUGGCGGCGGGGUUUAUCGUAGCCUCGUUCCUGGACGAGGAAGUUGCUGUAACCGUGCUCAGUGCUGGCGUUGGCGGUAUCGGGACGGCUUUACUACGCGUUGCCGCCAUUAUUGCGGUGCUCGAGUACUUUGACGAACUGCGCAUGCGCGCAAUCGUGCUGAGCGGAAUGGGGGCGGUGCUUAUCAAUUUCUUGAUGAUUGGGAUCACGUUUAUUGACGGGAUAGACCUGAACUGGACAAAAACGUUCAAAUUCCAAGCCAUUCCGGCAGGCAUCAGUCUAGUAGCGAGUUUUGCCCUUAAACCGCUCAAGCUGAAGUCACGCAGAGACCGGAGGGGAAACCAGAUAUCAGGAUGCGGUGCGAAGUGCUCCGACUACAUCUUCAGUGGGGACCUGUUCACGGACAUCGUGUUUUACCUCGUGGUCCUCGUGUUUCUACUGGAUCAGACUGGUCGACCGAUCUUCAGCGAGGGAAUGCAGCCAAUCAUGGAGGAGAAAGGCUUUUCCCAGAUCAAAGUCGACAUCCAGCCCUUCAUUGAGAACGGGGGUGCCCUUCUGGGGCUGCUACUGCUGCUGUGUUGGAAACGGCACGACCUUCCUGGAAACCUGGCGGUUCUGGCGGCCAUGGACGCCUUGAUCGGGAUUCUCUCGCUCCACGUGCCGGAAAUGACGUCAUACGCAUGGGCGGCUGCGUAUUCGGCGAUUUUCGGUUUUACCGAUGGUGUGUUUGCCUCAGUCCUUCAAGACGCUAUCCCAGAGGGAUUUGAGCGGCGCCAUAUCCGGAUAGUCGCAGGCAUCCUCGGGUUUAUUGGGGGCGUCGGAACAAUUGCUUCAAACUGGAUUGCGGAGGCUCUAGAUGACAAAUUCGAAGGCAAGCACGUGCCCUUUUACUUCUCCGGCGCGUGUCUGCUCGUGGCGGCCGUGCUGGCAUUGAUCUCGCGCAUCGUGGUCGUCCGCCGCCUCGACAGGGAACAGGAGGAGGAGGAGACGGCGCCGGUUGAAAUGGCAAUGGAAUAUGGCUCGCGAAGAUACUAGAAGCGCAUGCGUAAAACCAAAAUGUCGCACAAAUUGAUUGUGUUUGUGGUAACGCAUAUUAGAUGAGCAAGUUCUCUGUGUAAUUUAAUAAGAAAGCGAACUCUGAAAAAGUGAAUGGCAAAUAACUCCGAACAACAAUGCAUGGAAUUGAUAAUUGUGCAGUUUUAAGCCGAAAGUUUUGCAAACGUUUUUAUUCCAAAAAUGGCGGAUUUUAACAUGGUGUAAAUUGUAAAAGCGUAAUUGUAAUUGUUUAAAGCUACA